GCAAGUUCAGAAAAAACCAAAAGCCUCCUCCUAGGAAAAUCCACCACAAACCCCAAACAAAACCCCUCAGUAGGCAGUACUGUGUCCUCACCCUUUUUCCUCAUUUCAAAACCAACUAGCGAGCAACAACACAGAUAAGGAAAAUCAAGAACCCCACCAGCAACUCACCAAGAAAUGGCUAACUUGAGGACGGCUAUGGACUCACAAUUCUGGGACCAACCCAUUUCUUCCUCACAAACCCUAGAAGGUUGUGCUUACUCCAUUCCUGGAGACCCAUUUCCUCUUGAAGUCACCAGAGCCAGCAAAGCCCUUAGAGUUCAACAACUCUCUGUCUUAGGCAAUGGCUUCCCUCUUGGCACCAUUCCCUCUUUCUCUCCUACUUCGACCAAGGACCUUGGCUCUUUUUCUCUCCAGUCUCUCUUCCUCAAACUCGCCACCUCUAACAGUUGGCUAGGAUUAAUUGGCCAAUUUAGACCAAAGAAGCUGAUUUCUUCUAUUAAAGGAGAAUUUACUAAUGCUGAUGAAUUUGAAUGGCCUGCAUUUAAAGAUGUAGCUAAGCAUGUUUUUGACAAGUCGAUUUAUUCCCUUGGUUUAUUCUCACAAAUCUCCUUGUCUUCAUCUUCUGUGUUGCUGAGCACAGAAAGACAUGGUGACAAGAGGAGACCACGCUACAAGAUGAUGCUCUGGCAUGAGCUUCCUGAUCAUGAUAUAACUUUGGAGGCUGCGUGGCCUGGGCUAUUUCUUGACCAAAAAGGGAAAUACUGGGAUGUUCCUGAGUCAAUAUCCUUAGAUAUGUCAUCCCUUCCCUCUGAAUCUGGGUUCCAAUACCGCUUUGGUGUGCACAAAAACAGCGGUCAUCCCCAGCCUGUUAACACCUUAAAUGGUGAGGUACCCUGUGCGUUGAUGCCUGGAUUAUGCGCGAAGGCUGCCUUUUCUUAUGAAAAGAGAAAGGAUUUUUGGAGGCAAAAAGAAAAAGUUGAUGAUACUGCAGUGAAGACAGAUAGGGGCAAGGUUAGGCACCCAUCAUUUGAUAUGCGCCUUAGUGAACCUCAUGCAGCAAUAUCUGGGAUUAUUGGUAUGUUGCUGCAUUGUAUUGGGUAG